CUCUCGGUUCAGUCGUUGUUCGAACGCCGGGCCCCGACGUCGCUCGGCUUCAAACGAAUCCCCGGACCCUCGACGAUUCGAAACAACAACGUUCCGUUUCCGCGUACGGCUCUGACCGAGACGGGAACAAAAGAAGGAGGGAACCCCGUGACGGAACAAACAAGACGGGAAACGGUGUGCGAGAAUCGGAGACGCGCGAGAAUCCAUCAUCAUCGUUUUCUCUCUCUCGAUUCGGGUUUUGGCGACCGCGUCGAACUGGGAACCGUGUAUCGAUUACGGAUCGUCGGUGAGAGAGAUCGACAGUCGGGGGAAAGAAAAAGGUGAGCCGUGUGAGAGUUCGCCAGGAGAAAGGAGAGGGGAUCCCGUGUGAACAAGAGAGAAGAGGCGAGAAAGAGAAUUUUUCGGGGAACCGCGGCGACGCACACAGCCAGGCGCUCGCAGGACGAAGAAAAAGCUCGAUCGACCAAUAAGCGCGUGGUUCGCGCGCGCGAUUGGCCCGUGGGAAUACAAAACGAGCAUUAUCGGCCGAGUCCUAGCCUCGCUCCUCCGCUCCGUGGAUUUCGGGAACGGGUUUUAGCCGGCCAGCGCUGAUCUCGAGAAAGAGGCGGCGUAACCGAGGAACACUAUGGCGGUGUUUGGCUUGGUCUCGGCUGUGGCCGGGUUCGUCAAGGUACGGUACCUCGUGGACAAGGCGAUAAUCGAUAACAUGGUGUUCAGGGCCCAUUACAGAAUCACGUCCGCGAUUCUGUUCGCCUGUUGCAUCAUCGUGACCGCCAAUAACCUGAUAGGCGAUCCGAUAAACUGUCUGAGCGACGUAGGGGUGCCGGAGAACGUGAUAAACACGUACUGCUGGAUCACGUACACGUUCUCGCUGCCCGAGAACCAAGCGAAGCCCGUCGGUACCCACGUGGCCCAUCCCGGCCUCGGACCCGACGUCGGAGAGAAGAAGUACCACUCCUACUAUCAGUGGGUACCGUUCAUGCUGUUCUUCCAGGGCAUUAUGUUCUACGUUCCGCACUGGAUAUGGAAGCAAUGGGAAGAGGGCAAGGUCCGGAUGAUAUCCGAGGGCAUGAGGGGAGCUAUGGUCGAUAACAAGCUGGAGCGAAAGGUGAAGUCGCAGCGGCUGGUCAAGUACAUCGCCGACACGAUGCACCACCACAACACCUACGCGGCGGGCUACUUCUUCUGCGAGGCGCUCAACUUCGUUAACGUGGUCGGCAAUAUAUUCUUCGUGGACACGUUCCUGGGCGGCGCCUUUCUGUCAUACGGCACCAACGUGCUGGAAUUCAGCAACAUGAACCAAGAAGAUCGCAGCGACCCUAUGGUGGAGGUGUUCCCCCGCGUGACUAAAUGCACCUUCCACAAAUUCGGUGCCUCCGGGACCAUCCAGAAGCUAGACGCCCUUUGUGUCCUCGCCCUGAACAUUCUCAACGAGAAGAUCUACAUUUUCCUGUGGUUUUGGUUCAUUAUUCUGGCGGCGCUCUCCGGGAUCGCGCUCCUUUACAGCAUGGCGGUGGUGCUGUUGCCCAGCACUCGGGAGACCAUUCUGAAGAAACGCUUCAAGUUCGUCACGCCUGCCGCUGUCAGCAUGCUCAUUAGGAAAACACAGGUGGGCGACUUCAUGCUGCUGCACCUGUUGGGCCAGAACAUGAACAUGAUGAUGUUCAAGGAGGUGCUGGACGAGCUGUGCCGCUCGAUGAAUCUGGGCUCGACGAGCGAGGCGUCGCCGACGUCGGUGCCGUCGGCGCCUAGCACCCUCGAGAUGUCGCCCAUCUACCCGGAAAUCGAGAAAUACGCGAAGGACACCGAGAUCUAAUCCCGCCGCCAGUUCCCGCCGCAUCUUUCGCCCAUCCUACUUCUCUCUAUUGUGAUAAACGCCGAGACGGUCGGAUAUUCAUUCGUCACCCGAGGAAACAAUAACUCUCGUCGGACGUCAGGACGCUUGCCACAGAAAAAUCGACCCGCCGACAGCCCUAAACGACAACUCUUUGCCAGCUCUUCCCGAGAAACAUGGCCGAUGUCUGCGCGGCUCCGAACCUCUUAUGUAAUCGCGUAAUCAUUAAAUCGCUAUAUUUCCGGGCGACGAAUUUCCGACAUCUCGGGGAACUAAUGGCACACAGAGAUUCUUAGGCCUAUGCUCGGCCGACGUCGUUUGCCUUCAUUCUCUUCAUAGUUGUAAAUCGCGUCCGACGACUUCUAAGGCGACUUCUACGGCAUCGGCGACCAUAAGUCCGUGUGAAUGGCGUCCCUCCUACAUAUUGCGUUCACAUUCCAUUCGCAUUACUUUUCACUGUGCCCGGGGGGAGCCGACGCCAUUCUCAUCGAUCAUCCCCAGCGAAAUUCUUUGCGACUCUGCCGUCUCUGCUCUGCGAGCCAAAAAUUGUACUCCGCUCGCACACGGCUUGUACGAAUUGCGUGGGUGUUGCUUUUCAUCGACGCGCGCGGAUUUCUCUGUGAAGCGCGAUCUAAUAUCCUGGCAAGCCGACCCUUUCAUUUGUGAAUUGCAUUUUUUUGCUUCCGAAGGCUUGUAUGUCUGCGGAAAGAAUGUUUAUGAAAAGAGAGAAAACAUCUGAAUUAAGAAUUUACGGGACACAAUUAUUUCAGAGAUGAAGAGCAGUUAUUUGACCGCGGAUUUUUGUGCCAGAUAAAAGUACGAUCAUUCCUUUUCUUAAUCGUUUUCGUAAAUGAUGAAAUAUCGCAACUAUGUUCUUAAAUUCUAUAAAUGGUUCUACCAAUUUGCAUUUGAUCUAUUCGUUUUUCUCGCAAAUGCAUAAAAUCCGUAGUCCCGUAAUAACUUUCUAAAACAAUGCAUAAAUGAGGGGUGGCUUCUAAGAGUCCUCUCGGAAAUGAUUACGUGAACAGAAACCGGCGUGCGCCCGAUUUCUCUUUCAUAUCAGUGCUUCCGAGGUUCGAAAGAAAUGUUAUUAGUUUGUAACGAUACAAAUGUGGAGGGGUCGUUAACAAGGGUUGCGACAGUGAUACGCGUAAAGGUGUCUCGCAGGCGUGUAAUUGUCAAGGUUUUUUUUCCUUUCUUCAUUCUGUAUCUCGAUAUGGAUUUAUUUAAUUGUUCAGACGCGUAAAAGAUAUGCGUGCGAAGGUUUUCACGCAACGAUUGUUUUUUUCUUCUGAAGCGUGCCUACUAGAGACGAGAGAAACGAACGAAAACGUUCGUUAGCGAUCAGCGUUUGCGUGUAAUUGGUGCAAUUAUCCUUCGAACGAAGACAGGUUAGAGUAUAUAUAUAUAUAGAGAGAGAGACAUAUAUAUAUAUUAUAUAUAUAGAGACGCUUCGCGAUGACAGUUUCAUAUAACAUUGGAGAUCAGGAUUAACAAAAAUCUUGUGAAUAUAAAAAUGACAGUCGAGAGAUUCGGUAGGAAUGGUUCGCAGUUUCUACUUACCCGCGAAAUUGUAUAAAGAGUCGAGCUAUGCUACUCUAAUCUUUUCCAUUAGGACAAUUCGUUUAAAUCAAAGAUUCAGAAUUAUGUCAUAAUCUUGUUCGGAUUAUGUUUGCCACGUCCGUAGCGUGUUUUGCCCGAGAAUAGUAUAUAUAUGGCCUCUGUAGCGUCGCGCCGUUGUUCUGCCGUUCUAUCUUCACCACUUUGCGGCGUAACGAGUUGCGAGGUAACAGCCUUUCAACAGACUAAAUUUUCAGAUUAUACGAACGCCACGCUACGGAUCUAAUACUGUGUGUGCGAAACGAAGCAUAAUAAUGCCGGUGGCGCGUGUUUUGCUCACGUCUCUCGAAUCGCUCGCGAGAAUGAUAUACAAUGCUGCCGCUAAGUAUGCAAUGACAAUACUACGACAAUAAUAACUAUAUGAUUACUGUGCGCGGAUGACGAGAUGUCCAGACGGAGGAUCCUUUGUCUGAUUGGUUGUUACAGACCUCCGCUAUUGUCUAACACCCGGUUGCCACGCCCAUUGUCGCUAUUGGUCGAAACUAACAAGCAACCACUAACACAGAGAACGUUGAUCGUUGGUGUAGAAGGAACCGGCGGAGUCUACAACCUUCACCUGGAGCUGUGUUGGAGGAGCUAAUCGCGCGAAGACCACGCCUACUAGUACGAAAAUGUCAGUAACAGGUUCAGAAGGGGCCAAUAGUAUCUGAAACCUUCAUUCAAAUUUAACUUUGACCCUUCUGACUGAUUUCUUUUACACGGGAAAUUUUUUUAAAGAUAUGCAGUGGCGUGGGAGGCGCUAAGAACGGUACCUCAGUUCGCUCAUGUACCGCCCACUAGUACAAAAAUAUCAGGGAUGGGAGAAAGGGAUCUAAAUUUAACCCUUCUUAUCCUUUAUCUCUUACAACCGAGGUGAAUUUUUGGAAAUAUGUCAUCGAAUACACGCGGGAAGAGCUAACGACCGUAGGGGAGGAGCUUAAAUGGCCCUGUAACGCCCACUCGGCAACUUGUCGGCCCCGCACAGUACUUGAUAGCUCUUUUUUUCAUAGUUAUACAUUACUACUACUAUUAGUCGAGUUUCAAGUGAUAUAUUUCGAUAGAUUUUUAGUUUAAGGCGGACGAAAGAGAGAGAUAGUUGUAAUAGAUGUAAGGAUUGUUCGCAAUGUGCCUUUUCUGUAGGAUUACAGAGUACUCUAGAGCCUAGACUACAAACCCCUAACCCCCCCUUCGACACACGUUCAAAGAAAACGAAUGCUCACUUGUAAAGAUUGCGCUGUAGUCAACGCGAAGACUGCCAACAAGUGCAACGUUAGACUGUAAGCGGGAGCAAGAGAAAGACAGAACGGUUCAAUUUAUAGAAUAAAGUAUACUCUUUCUAUGAGA